AUCCCCAUUAUCUUAUCACACUUUUCAACCUCAAACAGACAACUAUAGCUCUCGAGCAGAGCACUCCAACUCCAUUCCAAUUAACAGUGCGUUAGAGCACACGAGAUUUGCAGCUCAUUGGAACAUUUAAUAUCGAGAAUAAAUAAAGUGCGCGAAAAACAUCCACAUCGAGAGCGCCAAUGGCACAGAAGGAAGCUGGAGGCCGCAAUUGCUGGGCCAUCACAGCGGGUAUACUCUCCACAAUUCAAGGAGGAUGUUACCUGGCAUUGGCUUUAGCAGCGCUAGCUUUGUACUACUGCAAAAUUGAAACAUCGGCGAGUACUGAUAAUCCUGCAUUUCUCCUCUACUUCAUAUAUUUUUACAAUCCCCAGUGUAAUGAUACUUUGGACUCCGUCGUGGAGGGCCAACCAAUUAAGUGGCCACCGAAAGAAUUCCCAACAGCCACCCUCACUUGGCAAUGGGCCAUCGCCUACUGCGCCAUCAACGGUGUCUGGAUAUUUACGAGCUUGUUCCUGACAAUUGCUGGUGCAGUAAGCAGCAAAAGAGGAAUAUUCAGAAUUGCUCUACCAGUUCUAUGGCUGAUCUCAACCUUGGCCGUUCUCGUAGCUGACGUUGUCGCUUCUAUCCUGUACGGUCUCGAUCUUGGAAAAGUUCUGGAAAGCGAAACAUCACCGUUAUCAGCUCUCUUAGAUGUAUCGUCGCUAGAUCCACCAAUUCAACUUUUUUUGGGAAAUCUUAAAAAUCCUGAAGCUAGUCUGCCAUCCGCCGCCCUCCUCAUAGCUGUAGCGAGGGGGGGAAUUUUGUGGGUCCUCAACUUAAUUUUGUUCUUAGGAGUCCUGGUCUCAACAAUAAAAUCAAACAAAGCGGCCAAAAAGCAAGUGAACAAUCAGCGACCACCUGUGCAAGCUGCCGCCGCCACUUCCGGCAGGCAUGGAGAUUCAUCCUGGCACCAGUCCCAGGGUGGAGUGGCUAAUCCUGCUUAUGACAAACACGGAGAUCAUGACUUACACGCCGUGAGCAAGAAACAAACACGACCCCGUGACGCAGAAAUUCUGGCGGCGGAAAUGCAACCGCAUUCGCACCAAGAACUGCGCAAUCAGCGACCUUGGUCAUACCUGGACCCUGCUCCUGAAGAGCUGGAGCAAGUGAGGCGCCGGCCGCGAACGCCGCCUGCCGAAGAGUGGAGUUUCAGCCCUGACUCGACCCUGAAGCUGCCAAGAGCGACCCUGGGCCACCCUCAGCCUUCAGCGCCCUACCCUACCGAGCAUCAGCAUCAAAACCAGUUUUACCACUAUCCCUUCCCUGAGCAGCAGUAUGGAAAUCGCUACCUGAACACAGCCGGCAGGCACAAUCCCUACUUGAAAUGAGCCAAACGGGCGCACUUGAAAAAUAAUUUUGUUUUAUCAAGAACACCAGCCCCAUAACAAAAAUGAUGCCACGUUUAAAUCGCGUAAAUAAAAUUUGUAUUAAUUAUUUUAUAUACCCAGUUGAUAACGUUCAACAAGUAAACAAAAAUAAUAUGUAUUUUUAUUCUUUGAAUAUAUUUGUCUUAUAUUUAUACAAGCCAGUUAAACUAUGUUGUGAAACGUAAAUUAUCUAAUUUAUAUUCUUUACUCUAUAUUUAUAACAAUGUGAGAGAGCAUUCCAAUAAAAGUGCAUGGCGUAGCGCAUGUGAUAUAUCUUA